AUGGAGGGGCCGUCGAGGCCCUCUGAGUCGCGGGCCCGGCCGAGAGAGCGCGACCCGGGGCGGCCUCCCAGGGCCGACCGAGAGCGCCGGCCCGAGCGGCCGCGGGACGGAGCCGGGACGCGGCGCGGGGACAGGAGCCGGGACGGGCGUGGGAACGGACGUGGGGACAGGAGCGGAGACAGGAGAGGGGACGGCCGUGGGGACCGCAACGGGGACAGGAGAGGGGACGGCCGUGGGGACCGCAACGGGGACAGGAGGGGGGACAGCCGUGGGGACCGCAACGGGGACAGGAGUGUGGACGGGCGCAGGGACCGCAACGGGGACAGGAGUGUGGACGGGCGCAGGGACGGGCGCGGGGACCGCAACGGGGAAAAGCGCGGAGACAGGCGCGACUGGGACCGGGCGAAGGGCCGAGAUCCCCUCUACGACGGGGCUGCGCCCGGGGAGCCUGGCGAGGGGGAGCAGCGAGCUGGAGGGAGACCCCGUCCCGGCCGGACGCGGGACGCACCUCCGAGGCCGCCCUGGGACGCCGCCCCGCCCCCCGGAGCCGCGCCUUGGGGACCCCCGGAGUCGCCGCCCGCCUGGAAGCAGAGUUACGGGUACCGCGGGCCAGAAAGUGAGUUCGCUGCAGAGAGCUACCUGCCCCCAUACCCCGGGCCUGGACGAGAGGACGUGGACUAUUACCAGUCGGAGGCCCGGGGCCUCCUGGAUUGCCACAAAUGCCGCUACCUGUGCACGGGGAGAGCCUGCUGCCAGAUGCUGGAGGCGCUCCUCAACCUGCUGAUCCUGGCCUGCAGCUCCAUGUCCUACAGCUCCACGGGGGGCUACACGGGCAUCACCAGCCUGGGGGGCAUCUUCUACUACCAGUACGGAGGCGCCUACAGUGGGUUCGAGGGGGCUGACGGGGAGAAGGCGCAGCAGCUGGACGUGCAGUUCUACCAGCUGAAGCUGCCCACGGUCAUUGCGGCCAUGGGCUUCAGCGGGGCCCUCAUGGCCUGGGGCUGCCUCCUCCUCCUCCUGGGCGUCCUCCGGGUGCCGUGGCACUGCCCCCUGUGGCUGGUGGCGGAGGGCUUGCUGGACGCGCUGGUGGCCGGGGCCUACGUGCCCGCCAUGUACUGUUUCUUCCAGCGCCUCUCGGCCGCCUACGCCUCGCCCGUGUGCCAGGAGAGGGAGGCCCUGUACCAGAGCAAAGGCUACAGCGGCUUCACCUGCACCUUCCACGCCGGAGACAUCGGGGCGGGCGUCUUCGCUGCCCUGGCCAUGGGGUUCUUUAUUCUGGGGGCAGUGCUGGCCUUCAAGGGCUACCGAAAGGUCAGGUCACUGAAGGAGAAGCCAGCACAUGUGUUGAUGUUUUAG